AUGGCGACUGAUCAACCUGCUUCUCCUCCUUCGAAAUUGUACGGAAACAGGAUCAUCGUCACGGUCGCUCUCUUCAUCGCGAUUGCAAUGGUUGUUAUUGUUCUCUCGGUUUGGUUGAAAACGUCCAAGCCGCCUAUGCAGAUGUAUGAUGAAAUGCAGCAUCGGCGCUAUGUGCAAGCACGACAAAUCCGUGAAAACCAGGGCAUCACCAAAGCCACACUGCUAUUAUUACCUUUGGUGGAAUAUCGCAUUGGAGGAGUCGGAAAGUUCAGAGACAUAGAAGAACAAAGACUGGGCACAGAGGGAGACAAAGAAGAUUUGGACAGUUCACUGGAAGCAAGAUUGCAGGUUGUAAGACCAGUCGAGGCAUAUUUCAGACAGGACAAGCCCAAGUUGAAUCGACGAGAAUCGGCUUCCAGAGCAGAACCAUCAGAAUGCCCCAUAUGUACACAACCCUUCAUUGUGAAUGAUAUUGUACGGAUCCUUCCUUGCGAUCACCAAUAUCACCAAGGCUGUGUUGAUCCAUGGCUCUUGGGCUUCAGCGGAACAUGCCCAGUGUGGUAA